AUGAACGGUGGGGGAAUACGCAAUUACUCAGCUAAAGUGCUGCUGGCGCAAGAUGAUCGUCUACGUCGCUUUCUCGAUGCAUCCAUCUCCCAGGAUUGGGAGACCGCUGUGAGGGAAUGGCACACACUGAAACAAGAAGAUCUUGCAUUUCAAAAACAAGCACAUUCUAUCCCGUGCGUGGACGUUCGUUCCGCAUGUAAAACAAAUUUUUUCAGUGAUGAGGAAUUUUUUUUUCUGACGAAGCAACUGGAAAGUAUUACGAUUGCGCUUUCUGGUCCUUCCGCACCAUCAGCAGGUGGUGCACAUCAUGCUGACAAUGACGUUGCCUAUGCAUCAAGUCAAGUCCAAGAUUUGUUUUUGCUAGACCCCGCUAUGCUCUCUAAUUCACUUGAUGAAGAGAAACAGCGGAAAUGUCAAGAAGCAAGCGAGGUGUAUCAAAGUGGAAGUUAUAGCGAAGCUGCCAAGAUAUUCUCAUCUGUAAUUGAUUCUUGCUUACCAAAUAUGUUGAAUGCCCCUCUCAUAGGGAACCGUGCGGCGUGCUACUUGCGCAUGGAGAAUUACAAACUUUCUCUUCGCGAUGCGGUACGCUCCUAUGAAAUGGAUAAUGAAUACAUACUUGGUGUUCGCCGGGCUGUGCGAUCUCUCAUAUGCUGUGGUAAAGUUGUCGAAGCGCAACAAACGAUGGAAGUAUUCAAGAAAAACAAAUGUGGUUACACCUUUGCGAUCGAAUUGACAGAUCUCUCUUUGUAUAAGAAGUACAUCACGUUCUUAGAGAGAAACGAACAUGCGAUAGCUCUAAGGUAUUUGAGUGAAUUGUUGGAACGUGUACCAUGUGCGUCGUUUGAAGUGCUGAAGGUGCAGCUUCUCGCCAUUGAGGACGGCAAUGAGGUGGCUUUGGCCUAUGCGAAUAACAUUCUUCAGUGCUACACUGAAUUUCCAGACUUGCUGUAUUGGUGCGCGCAACUACGCUUCCUUGAGAGUGCAAACAAGGCCGAAUUGGAAGCUGUUCUUCCUUUCUGCACUGCAAAUGGCUUCACAGAUUCUACGGGUCGGUUACGCCAGGUACUUCAGCGCACUCAACACUGCAUUGAGUUCUGUAAGGAAAUGGACUUGUUGUAUGCCAAAAGUGAGUGGAUGCCUCUCAUUCACUUGUGUUCAAAAUGCGUAAAAAUUCCAUUUGUUGGUGAUCGAUUACGUGCUGGAAUUUUGACAAGGCGUGCGCGUGGCUUCUUUGAAGUCAAGCGUUAUUAUGAUUGUAUGGAUGACAUUGAGGCUGCCCUGCAAAAUACAACAUUAGGCAAUGAGAGGGCCCAACUUCUGCUUCUUAAGGCUCUCGCUGAAGAGAAACUCUUUCGAUGGUUGGCUGCGAUUCGAAACGCUGAAUUAGCCAUGAAGGAGCAUUGUACCAUUGAAAUUGUGGAGGUUUGGAAACGUCUUUGCGAUGGAAAAGAGAAGUAUGAGCGAAGGCAACAGCAAAGAAAACAAAGAAGUCAAUUCCGACCAAGAAAACAAGACAACGAGGAGAGUGAUUACACAGACGGUGACAGGGGUUCGGAGAGAAGUGGAUUUUCAAGAAAUCAAGCAGCGGGGUCAGGACGAAACGAAAGACAAAAAAAACACAUUGGGGGAAAAGAUCCUCGUCUUAUCGCGCAGUUGUACGCUCAACUCUCAAUUCCUACAGGGGCAAGUGCGGAGAAGGUGAAGAAGAGCUACCGUGCCUUGGCAAUGCGGUGGCAUCCAGAUAGGUGGUGUGGAGCACCUGACCAGCAGCGGAAGGAGGCGGAGGAAAAGUUCAAGACUUUGAAGGCGGCCUAUGACGAACUGAUGUGUAUUGUUGGGGGUUAG